AUGGACACAUCAAAAACUUUGUCAAGACGAUAUACAAAUGAUUCUCGAGAGAUAUUUCUUGUAUCACAACCAACGACUAACCCUACGUAUCCCAUAAUAUCCAACCAAGUGUCUGCUUUAAAUACAGAACCAAACAAAUUACACCCCGACUUUGGGAUAGUAGCAGAUCAUACGCCGAAUUCGCAGAUAAUCAAUAAAGAACUUGAGAAGAAAGGCUAUGGGAGCCCUCUGAAAACUGAGAUGGGGAAUCCCUCAAAAGAGAGUAUUGUAAGCGGUACGAACUCUCCAAACCUGACGAAUUCUUCAUCUUCUGUCGAUGAUGUUAGUAGAUCAAGUACAGUGGAAAGAUUCAAAACUAAUCAUGUCUUGAAGUUGAAAUUACGAGAAAUACAAAUUCUUAGAGAAUCAUGGACUUUAAUUUUAGCUGACGAACCGACGAAUUCACAACUAUCUCAAUUUUAUCAAAGAUUAAAUAGCUAUAAAAGGAUUGGGUUGCACGCAUCCACUGCACUAAAUCCAAGAUUAUCAGAAUAUCGUGGUCUACAACCUAAGAAUAAGAAUAUCGAGAGUUUCAAAUAUAUACCAGCAUCUGAUCAGUACGUUUCUAAAGCUAUGUUUUGUACACAAUUUUACGAAAACUUGGUAUUGGCUAAUCCACAUAUGGAGGAGAUAUUCCCAACGAUAAGACAUCAAACAUCUUCGUUUGCAAAAGUUGUGAACACUCUUAUUAAAAACUCGGAAGAUUUGAGUAAAGUGGAUAAAGUUUUAUAUGGUAUAGGCAAAAGACAUGCGAGGAUUCUAGGUAUUCAAGCACCUAGUUUUGAAGAAAUGGGUGUAGCAUUCUUAAAGACUUUCCAAGAUCGAUUUGGUGUAUUAUUCACUUGGGAACUGGAAGAAAUAUGGUCUCGAGUUUAUUCAUAUUUGGCAAACUCUCUUUUGAUGUGUGGACGAGAUUCAGUUUUGAAAAUAAAACCUCAAACUGAUGCCUUAGACGCAGUAGAAUUCCCUGUACCAGGUUUUAUUGACGAAGGUUUAUCUUCAUCUUCGAGUACGCGGAAAAGCAUUAAAAGUAAACGACAACAGGCCUCACCUGGUAAUGUUCGUCCUGUACCAUCUGACAAAGUGAAUAUAACUAAGUUACAAACUGUCAAAACCAACGUUGCUAUCGGUUUUAGUGACUUAAGCGAUGAUAAGAGCACAUCAUCAUCCAACCGACUAACAAGACUUAAGACAGGAAGUGUUAAUCCUAUUUCCAAAGUAGAACGUCAAGUUAAAAAGGAUUGUAUCAUUAUGUAG